AUGAUUUUGGCAAAGGAUAUAGAUCAUAUUGAUUAUUUUUGCAAGCUUGGUUGUGCUACUCAUCAUUGUGUUUCUCUUACGUCGCUCAGAAAUCCAAAUGCAGACAAAGUUGCGGACUGUGUGGAUUCAUGCUCAGAGAAAUGCUCCAACAAGAACUAA